CCUGCGUCCAGGAAGCAAGAGUACGCGGCCCGAGCCCGACGGGCGGCAUUGCGAGAGAUAUGAGGAUUCGCCCGGGAUGCGCGGCUGCACUAGUACUACUACUGCAGGCCACUCUUGUGGCAAGCAAGGCUUUAGAUCAAACGCAGUUGCAGCAGCAUUUACAACGGCAAAGUCCUACUGAAGCACAAAAACGAUGGGAUGGCGAUUCCGGUGGUGGUUAUGGUGAUCAUGGGGGUGGCGAUGUCAGUAACUACUUUGGUGGCACCGGCGCCGGCAAUCACUUUGGUGAUAGCGACAUUGGAGGUCAUCCAAGUGGCGGUGAUACCGGCGAUCACUUGAGUGGUAGCGGCGAUAUCGGUGGGCAUCAUGAUCAUCAUCACGACGAAGGAUAUUGGAAGAAAAAACUAGUCUGGAAGCCGGGUUGGAAGAAGAUUUGGAAGCCGGCGCAAAAGCAGAUCUGGAAGCCUGCGUGGAAGAAAAUCUGGAAACCUAUUUGGGUUCCGACGCAAAAGGCGGUGUGGAAGGAAAUUCAAGUACCUGUCUGGAAGAAAAUUUGGAAGCCCGUGUGGAAGGAGAUUCAAGUACCGGCGUGGAAGGAAAUACAAGUACCGGCCUGGAAGAAAAUUUGGAAACCGAUCUGGCAACCGAUCAAAGUGCCUGCUUGGAAAGAAAUUCAAGUGCCCGCAUGGAAAAAAAUCUGGAAACCUGUUUGGAAAGAGAUUCAGGUAGCAGCGUGGAAAGAAAUUCAAGUGCCCGCUUGGAAACAACUCUGGAUUCCCGAAUGGGUAAAGAUCGGCGUACCGGGUGAACAUUAUCACGGUACGGAUCAUCACGGAUGGCAGUACACCAGCCACGAUCUUUGGAAAAAGAAAUUAAUCUGGAAGCCAGUGUGGAAGAAGUAUUGGAAGUCGGCGAAAAAGCAGAUUUGGAUACCAGACAAGAAACUCGAGUGGAAGGAGGCUUGGAAACAGAUUUGGAAGCCAGCGAAAAAGCAAAUCUGGGUAGAGGACAAAAAGUUGGCUUGGAAGGAAGAGUGGAAACAGAUUUGGAAACCAGCUAAAAAACUUAUUUGGGUGGCUGAUAAGAAACUUGAAUGGAAAGAAGCUUGGAAGCAAAUUUGGAAAACCGAUAAAAAGCUCGAAUGGAUUCCCGACAAAAAGCUCGCUUGGAAGGAGGCAUGGAAGCAGAUCUGGGUGCCCGCUUGGAAAGAAAUCUGGGUACCGGCAUGGAAGAAAAUUUGGAAACCAGUCUGGAUAUCCGAGUGGUUCCCCAACGAGGAUCACCAUCAUCAUCACGGCUGGGACCGCAAAGAUUCGCAGAUUCAGAGUACGCAAGUUGUGCCCUACAGUCCGCAAAUUGUCGCGCAGAACAAGCAAACACAGCAACAACAGGCGCAACAACAUCAGACGAAAGAUAAUCAGGUCAGAUGGGACAGAUCUUUUCAGGCAAAUCCGCCGACAAUCACGCAGGACUUGGUUCCACCGCCGGCUAAUCAAAACAAAGCCAGUUUUGCAUUUUCCGAUCACUGAUAGAGUGGCCGAUCUAUGUGCAAAAUAAUCCCGUAUUUUAAUCCCUAAAACAAUGCUUGUACAAACAUAUCCACGAGAUAGUAUUGUAAUAUAAGCCGUUGUGUAUAUAUUAUGUUUUAAGAUUAAGAUAAGUCGCAUGGAAAGCUUAAGUUACCCGAAGUUAUACGACUGAAAUCGAUCUUUAUUUUUUCCAUACUCUUUGUUUUUUUUUUAUAUACGUGUUGUUGUCUCUACAGUUGUUAAUUGAUUCUGUUACGAAUAAAGUUUAUGAGUAUUUUGU